GAAACCGUAUGUAUGUUGGGCCUAUGAGAUAUUCAGCCCAAUACAAAUACCUAGCCUCAACACACCUCGCUAUUUGCUCUUUAAAUUUGGCCCAAAAUAUAGGAUAUAAUUUAUAACCGUUAUAAAUAUUUGAAUUAUUUUUAAAAUUUUGAAAUUAAAAGAUAGUAAUGGCCCCUCGAUUUCUGCAACUGCAACUCUAUAGACUCUAAGUCUAUUUCUGCACUCUCUGUAACCGCCUCACCCACUACGCCACUACUGUUACCGCCUUACACAUUACUCUGAGAAACAUAAAGGAACUACAAACUUUACCAAAGAAAAAUUUCUUUUUUGUUUUUUCACUGAAUCAAGAAUCAGCAGGUACUUAAUUUCAUUUCCAACUUGUUUGUUUCUCGGGAAAGUUCUGUUCUUGUAUGGUUCAUAGUGUUUGUAAAUGCUGCAGUGAAAUCAAACGAAAAGUCUUCUUUUUCUUUUGCUGUUUAGGGUUUUAUUACUGCUCAUUUUUUUGAGUAAAAAGAGUAAAAACUUUUUUUAAUUUUUCUUCUGUGAAUUUUCUUGCGACUUGUCAAAAGUAUGGUGCAUUCUUGGAGUAAGGUCAAGCGCGACAGACCAGACGAAACUCGUCGCCAUUUUUAUAGAGGGUGUGGCGGGUCUGGUCAGAAUAUAGUAGAAGGAAAUGAUAAUGUAAAUCAUUUCCGAAACCCUAACCCUGAAGCAACUACGUAUAACCAGAGGAAGAAUGGGAAAGAAAUUUUACCAAAUCAGGGUUUUAUUAAUCCACAUUCCAUGAAAAGGAAUUCUUGUUCUGUUUUCAAGAAUAGGGUCUCGGCCGACAGGAAGUUUUUUGAGGACAAGAAACGACCGUUGGCUCACAAUGUUAGACAUUAUGCUAACUGGAGUGAUGCGGUUUCAAGUACUAGCAAAGAGAAGGUUAAGGAGGCUUUAAGAUUGUUCGAUGAGACGCUUAAGAAAUUCGAAGAUGAUGCGAAGGCGAAAGGAAGAUCGUUUAACAUUUAUCUGCAUCAAGAUGCUGUUACGGAUUUUGGGAAGCAUAGAUGUGUCAAUACGAUCAAACGGGUGGGAUCAGUUCCGGGAGUUGAGGUUAAUGAUAGGUUUCAGUAUAGAGCUCAAUUGUAUGUAAUUGGGCUUCACCUUCAAUUACAGAAAGGGAUUGAUUAUUUGAAGGACGAAAACGGGGUUUUGCUAGCAACGAGCAUUGUUGUAGGUGAUAAAUAUAGUAAUGAAAUGAAGUCGUCUGAUGUUUUGAUAUAUUGUGGUCAUGGUGGCAACCCGAAGGUUCAAAAUCAAGGGCCGCUUAGAGAUCAAGUGCUUGAACAAGGAAAUCUUGCGUUGAAGAAUAGUAUGGAGUUCAAAAGACCGGUAAGAGUUAUUCUUACUGAAAGUAAGAGUUCCAAAGCAUGUGUUCUAGCAGGUCGAAAGAAGACGACUUUAGGCAGCAGUUAUGUAUACGAUGGGCUGUACUUAGUUGAGAAAAUGAAGCAGGAAAGAGGGGAAUUUGGAAAACUUGUUUUUAUCUUCGAGCUGAGAAGAAUGCCAGGGCAAGCAGAACGAACUAAUACAUUUGUAGGCAAAUCAAAAAAUUGCAGAUCCAAUAAAGAUAGUCGAAUCGUGAAUGAUAUUUCUGAAGGUAAAGAGAAGAUACCGAUCCCUGUGGUGAACUCAGUUGAUGAUGAGAGGCCCUCAGAAUUCACUUACAUUGCCCAAAUUGCGGAGCACGAUCAACCUAGGUUGAGCGGUUGUGACUGUGGUGGUAAAUGCUGUAGUUUUGAAGAUUGUUUGUGCAAAUCAAAGAACGGAGAAGAAAUUGCAUAUGAUGCUUCCAAGCGUCUUAUCAAGAAAAAGCCCCGCAUUUACGAGUGUGGCCAUUCUUGCAAGUGUUCUGAUUCUUGCACUAACAGAGUGAGCCAACUUGGCAUUCAGCUUCAACUCGAAAUCUUCAAAACUGAUUCAAAAGGAUGGGGGGUUAGAUCGAGGUCUUAUAUUCGAGCUGGAACGUUUAUAUGCGAAUACGUAGGAAGAAUUGUUGAAUCCAAUCAAGCAUACAAAACGUUCGGAAGUGAUGAGUAUAUGUUUGAUGUGGGAGAGAACUACGACGAUCGUGUUCGCAACAUUCAAGCUGUUCACGAGGCUCGUCAUCGCUAUUACGAGAAGUCGAAUUUCUUAAAGAAAGAAUGCGGAAUCACCAUUGAUGCAGGGCAGUACGGUAAUGUUGGAAGAUUCAUUAACCAUAGCUGUAAUUCAAAUCUCCAUGUUCAAAAUGUUUUCUAUGACAGUGUAAAUCCUCAUGUAAUGCUGUUUGCUAAGAGGGACAUUGCUCCUCAGACAGAGUUGACGUAUGACUAUAAUUGUAGGUUAGCAGAAGUUAGAUAUUCGAAUAGGAGUGUGAAGGCUAAGAAUUGUAUGUGUAAAUCUGUUAACUGUGUUGGAAAAUUCUGCUGACAUAGAAUGGUAGAUUGGUGUUGAUGAAGUAUGUGUUGUAUAUUUUUUUUGGUCAUGUUGGUUCUGUAAA